UCUCAGAACAGAUCUGGAACCAAUUCAAGAAUCCCACAAUGAAACUGCUCAUCGUAUUCGCCCUGGUUGCCCUGGUCGCUGCCCAGGACAGCACCUACACCAACAAGUAUGACCAUAUCGACGUAGAUGAGAUCUUGAAGUCGGAUCGUCUCUUCAAGAACUACUACAACUGCCUGAUUGACCAGGGACCAUGCACUCCGGAUGCUGCCGAGCUGAAGCAGAGUCUUCCGGAUGCCCUGGAGAACAACUGCUCAAAGUGUACUCCGAAGCAGAAGGAAACUGGCUACAAGGUCAUCAGCUCGCUCAUUGAGAAUCGUCCUGCGGAAUGGGCUGUCCUGCAGGACAAGUACGAUCCCGAGCGCAAGUUUGUCGAGAAAUACCGUGAAGAAGCGGCCGCCGCUGGCAUCAAGUUGUAAAAAGUUUCGUAUCGGAUAGUUUUGAAAAAAUACAGUGAAUUCUUUCAAUAAACAAUUGCAAUAGUAAA